GUCAUCGCUGGCGCGACGCCCCGAAGGCCAGCUUGGGCUUUGGUGUGGCGGGGCGGUGGCGGCGAGUGAGGCCGGGAAGAUGCCAGUGGCGGUGAUGGCGGACAGCGCCUUCAGUUUCAGAAAGCUGCUGGAUCAGUGCGAGAACCAGGAGCUUGAGGCUCCUGGAGGAAUUGCCACACCACCAGUGUACAGUCAGCUUCUAGCUUUGUAUUUGCUACAGAAUGACAUGAACAAUGCAAGGUAUCUUUGGAAGAGGAUACCACCUGCGAUAAAGUCUGCAAAUUCUGAACUUGGUGGUAUUUGGUCAGUAGGACAGCGAAUCUGGCAGAGAGAUUUCCCUGGGAUCUAUACCACUAUCAACGCACACCAGUGGUCGGAGACUGUGCAGCCAAUCAUGGAAGCCCUUAGAGAUGCAACGAGAAGACGUGCCUUCGCCCUGGUCUCUCAAGCUUAUACCUCCAUAAUCGCAGAUGAUUUUGCAGCCUUUGUUGGACUUCCUGUGGAAGAAGCUGUGAAAGGUGUAUUGGAACAAGGAUGGCAAGCCGACUCUGCCACAAGAAUGGUUCUUCCCAGGAAGCAGGCCUCGGGAGCCCCGGAUGUUUCCUGUAACAGGUUUAUUCCUUUAUCAGAGCCUGCCCCAGUCCCGCCAAUCCCCAACGAGCAGCAGCUUGCCAGGCUGACCGACUACGUGGCUUUCCUGGAAAACUGAUAGAUCUGAGUUCAAGAUCCACCUUCAGCCCCUGUCACUGUCAGACGGACGUGGAGUUUUAUUCUGAGUUCACUGAACAGGGCAAGCACCUCAGUGUCCUUUGGGUGUGAUAAAAUGCACACAGAAUAUGAAGCGAAUUGGACAGUUUCCUCCUCGGACUGCUGAAUGUCCCGGAGCAGUUCUCAUUUGCAGCCAUCACUUUGGUUGGAGCCAUCAGUAUUAUGCAUCUAGUUUCUGUCAACAACUGGGUUCUGAACACGAGCUGUCCUGCUUCAAGUAGCAGAGAGGGUGCUGUGGUGCACACCACACUCUCACACACCAUUGGCUGCUGGCUAUAGGGAUGUGCUUGGGGUUUGAGGGCUGUCCCCAGGCAGUGCCUAACCCACACUGUCACUCCCUGUGGAGAAUGUGUUCUUUCUUCCCACCCCACAACAAGGAGUCACUGAUGUCGAACCACAGAUUGCUGAAGAGUGGUGAACCAUCUUCUGGGAGGAGCUAGUCAGUGCUACAGGUUUUUCCCAGUGUGUGCAGGCAUCUCAAGUUCCUGUGUCUUCUUUCAGGAGAAGGGAGGUGCCUGGAGUGUGUGUGGCAGCGUGUGCUGGAGGAAGCUCCUGGGCUGGGGUGACCCUGCAGCCCUGCUGUGCCCAUCCUGCCUAGAAAUGCUAAAUGUGUCUGUUUUUGUUUCUGUAUGAAGCCUUUGAAGAUUUGAGGUGGUUAAUGGAUCUUCAGGUUCAAACAGCCCUGGUUCAUUUACUCUGCAUUUGUUCAAUAAAUAUUUAAUUGAAUUCUUAA